AGAUUCGAAGAUGUGGAAAUAUCGGAACUCCAGGUCACGAAAGAAAAAGGAGACACUCUUGUGGAAUUUGAGCUACGUUUAGCUAAUAGAGACGAAAACAGCUACCUUGAAGAAUUACUUAAUGACACGUUGCACAAUUGGUACAUCACAGGACUCAAAUUUGAGGCGUCUGGUGAGCUAGUUUUCAUUUUUAUUUUGCUGGUUUAAAGAAACAAUAUUGAAUACUAGAUAGGGCGCGGUUCAAACAUAAACUCAUAGGGCGCGGGGGGACUUCGAUUAAAACUACGUCGCGUAGUUCAUGAAGUUUGAUUGGUCAGUUAUCUUUUUCUUCUCUUUCCAAAUAUAGCACCUAUGAAAAUUAGUAUUUACUAGCGUCGGACAAAAGAAACGUAUUUGUUCCACGUUUCAACCCCUUAUUAGUUUUGGUUUAAGAUACUUCGACGGCAACGGCGGCCAAGACGUCACUUAAAGAAUGAUUUCAUAGUCUUUAAACUUAAUACAGUCGAAUCCCGCUUUACGGACACCCGCUAGAAACGGACACCUCGCUAUUACGGACAAUUUUCUUUGUCCCUGGAGAAAGCCCUUAGAUUUUCUCUAAAUUCAACCCGCUUAAUACGGACACUCGUUAAUGAGGAGAACGGACAUUCAUUUCUUGCCCAAUCAACGAAUUCUCAUAGAAAGCUAGCCACGCUAAUGCGGACAUUUCUUUAUCAACUGUGUGCUGUAAUAAACCUUUCCUUUCUGAAGGUAAAAAAUCCUUAAGUUGACAGUAUGUCGACGUUCCCCGCCCUACCAUACACCGGAUAGGAUGAUUUUUAGAGUCAAUUUUUGGCAUCAAACUUGUUAUGCAGAGAAGGGUGUUGAUUAACGGUAAUACUAUUACUGAACGAUUUUAAGGUGUUUUCGUACAAUUAAGCCGCGUAAUGACGGUUUUGUGAAGGUUAGAGAAGUUUAAUUUGAUGGUGCUUAUGUCCUCUUUUAUUUCUUUGGUAUUUUGUUGUAGUAAAAGGGUUUUUUACGGAGUUUGACUGUAAUAAUAAUAACAAUAAUAAUAAUAAUAUUGAUAAUAGCAAUAAUAAUUAUUAAUCAUGUUCUUUUCUUAUAAUUAUUAUUAUAAUGAUAAUGAAAAUAAUUAAUUGAGUCUGUAGGUUUAAAAGUGAAUUAUUUGCUAGGCUAAAAAUAUAUAUUAAGUUUAUUUAGCCUUUUUUAACAAAAAUAAUCUGGAGAAAGGUCUUACAAAUAUAUUUGGGUUUGACGGCAUCCAGCGCGCACCCAUGAAAGAAAAGAUAAGAUAGGAGCACUACAGACGAAUGCUGGCAAUCGAGUGGCAGUUAUCAAUACCUUGGCUGUACCACGUGUCACAUACAGCUUUAAUUUCAUCAACUGGAAAGCUUCUGAAUCAAGAAACUAGACACAGAGACCGUCUGAGGACGCUUUCAACGGUGUAAUAACAUUUCUUAUUCCGCAGGGGUAACGUUUGAGAACUGGACAGCCAAGGACGAGUGCAAGGUAUGUUCAGAAGGAGGCGCUGGACACUUCAUUAUCCAGGGAGAAUGUGUACAGGGAGAACAAUGCAGUUGCAAUGGUGUGAAGACCACUAAGGAAUCUAACGAUUGUGUAAAAUACUGCAGUGCAGGUAUGAAAAGAACCUACGUUAUUUUCGGGAUGUGACGGAUGGGUGGAAAUGCAAAGUUAUUGGGGAGUAUGGGUGGGGGACCGGAGAACUGAUUAUGAGACAAAUUCAGUAAAAGUCACGUGUUUCAUGUAAUAAGAAAUGGUUUUCUGUAUAAUUGGCCCGAGCAGCAGUUCCAUAUGUCCCCCCAAAAAAAUGGAGGCGGAGAUAGUCAGUCAAGGGAGCUCUGCAGCAGUUCGUUUGGGCAGGGAUAGCUGGGGAGUGACAACUUAGAUUUUACUUUAUUUAUUUUAUUUUAUUUUAUUAACUCCUCUAAGACCAUAAAAUAAGUCAUACAUUUAGAACAGAAAUGAUACGAAAACUGCAAUGUUAACUAAAAACAAGUAAUAUUCCUCCCUAAAUUAUUGGCCACGCUACAGGUAGAGCUUAUUGAUUUACUAAACGAGUGAAUUGGUCAUCAAGGUUUCAAAAAACGACAAGCCUCUUGCUUAUUAACUAUGGUAAAGAUAAGUAACAGAAAGGCAAGAUGUUCGGUUAGAUCAUUCAAUUUUCUGCUAGUUCAGUUUACGAAACUCGAUCCUUAAAAGAAGGAUGCCGUUGUAUAGUUUGUUGUAGCUGAUGUAGUACUACAUUAAGAGAAGUGAUUGAAAGCGAUCCCCAAGAGUAUCAAUUCAUUGGUUUGUUACUAGAUGAAGGUGGAUGAAAGGAACUUCAUUCAUUCACCGACUCACUCGCUGACUCAUUCAUUACCUAACAGUAAGUAAACAGCACAAUUUUAUUGCAAAUUAGCCCGCAAAUACAACCGUUUCUCCACGCUACUCGCCGCUAGCAAAGGGAGGUUUCGCGGGAGAGAUGUCUGCGCCAGUCAAGGACAGAAAUUCUAUUCCGUUGACGUAAAAUCUGUCCAGAAUCUUAUCAGGGGCUCUGAUGGGUCGACGUAGUAAUUGUAUUCCUUUAGCUAUCGUUUACGAAUGAGAGAAAAAAAAAAAAAAAAAAAAAAGAGAAAGGGUUACAAAGGUGAAUGCGAUGAAUCUGCUGCAAGACAGUCAUUAUUCGUGAAAUAUAUUUUUCUUUGGAGAAAGCAUUUGUGAGUUUUGCUACCGCUCGUUCUUAGAAAUCAAAACUUUACGAUACUAAAUUAGGAGAGACUUAACCGCGAACAAAAUUAAUGUCUAUACCACCAGAUCGAUUUACCUACUACCAGAUCAAUUAUGUGAACACUGAUUGAUUUUCUGUGGUUGAGUCGCAGACGUCUCUCCCGCAAAACGUCCCAGACGAAGAAGACCGAGGAGAGACGGCUGUAUUCGCAGGCUAAUGGCAAAUUGAAAUUUUCAGGCGUCCAGGAGAGAGAGAUUUCGACGUUCAUCUUGGUACUGGGAAUCGUCCUGGCUUUCAGGUAACUGCAUCAUUAGCCCUCUUUCUAUUUUAAACAAUAAAGAAAGAGGGAGAACUAGGAUAAUGAAAAAAAUCACCGCGAAGGAAGCUGAGUAAGAUUUGAAGAGUUAUCACAUUGGAACGUUAUCUGCCAAGAUCAAAAGGGGCAAGGGAGGAGCGCGAGUCUGGCUCUCGUCGCUCGCGGUCUCUGGUCUGAUUGACCCCAUGCGAUGACGUCGCAACUUUUAAAAUUGCCCAAUCAGGUCAAUACUAGAGUUUAAUACCAUCAACUGACAUGAUACAACUCACUUUGACUCUGAAGAUGACUGCCGCAAAGGGUGCAGUGGAGAAACGUCAGUCAACGUCAACAACAGUCCUAUUCAGGACUAUGUUCACCCGGACGAUCAUGCUCAACUUACAUAAUAGGAAAUCAUGA